ACGCCCCGCCCCCUGCCCGCCCAAAGCGGGCUAUAAGUUCACCACGGCUCUCUCUGAGGCGGCAGUGCAUGCCUUCAGUGGCCUUCAGUGGUCUUGCUUGGAGGGUCCAGCCACCAGUCAGAGGAAGAACCACCACCACCACCUGACCAUGGCCGAGGAUCUGGUUCUGGAGAAAUGUGACCUGGAGCUGGAGGUCAAUGGCCGUGACCACCACACAGCUGACCUGUGCCGGGACAGGCUGGUGGUGCGGCGGGGCCAGCCCUUCUGGCUGACCCUGCACUUCGAGGGCCGAAGCUACGAGGCCAGCGUGGACAGCCUCACCUUCAGUGCAGUGACCGGCCCAGCCCCCAGCGAGGAGGCCGGGACCAAGGCCCGCUUCCCGCUGGCCAGUGCUGUGGAGGAGGGCGCCUGGACGGCCGUGGCGAUGGACCAGCAGGACGGCGUCCUCUCGCUGCAGCUCGGCACCCCGGCGAACGCCCCCAUCGGCCUGUACCGCCUCAGCCUGGAGGCCUCCACGGGCUACCAGGGCUCCAGCUUUGUGCUGGGCCACUUCACUCUGCUCUUCAACACCUGGUGCCCAGCGGAUGCCGUGUACCUGGACUCGGAGGAGGAGCGGCAGGAGUACGUGCUCACCCAGCAGGGCUUCAUCUACCAGGGCUCGGUCAAGUGGAUCAAAAGCAUACCUUGGAACUUUGGGCAGUUUGAAGACGGGAUCCUGGAUAUUUGCUUGACGCUCCUGGACAUGAACCCCAAGUUCCUGAAGGACGCCUGCCGUGACUGCUCCCGCCGCAGCAGUCCUGUCUACAUGGCCCGGGUCGUGAGCGCCAUGGUCAACUGCAACGAUGACCAGGGUGUGCUGCUGGGACGCUGGGACAACAAUUACAAGGAUGGCGUCAGCCCCAUGUUCUGGAUCGGCAGUGUGGACAUCCUGAGGCGCUGGAAGACCUCGGGCUGUCAGCGUGUCAAGUACGGCCAGUGCUGGGUCUUCGCUGCUGUGGCCUGCACAGUGCUGCGGUGCCUUGGCAUCCCCACCCGAGUGGUGACCAACUUUAACUCGGCCCAUGACCAGAACAGCAACCUGCUCAUCGAGUAUGUCUAUGACAAGUUUGGGGAGAUCCAGAGAGACAAAAGCGAGAUGAUCUGGAACUACCACUGUUGGGCAGAGUCAUGGAUGAGCAGGCCGGACCUGCAGCAGGGCUACGACGGGUGGCAGGCCCUGGACCCCACGCCCCAGGAGAAGAGUGAAGGGACGUACUGCUGUGGCCCGGUUCCGGUUCGCGCCAUCAAGGAGGGAGACCUGAGCACCAAGUACGAUGCACCUUUUGUCUUUGCUGAGGUCAAUGCCGACGUGGUGAACUGGAUCGUGCAGGAGGAUGGGUCCAUGUGCAAGUCCACCAACAACUCCCAGACCGUGGGGAUGAAGAUCAGCACAAAAAGCGUGGGCCGUGAUGAGCGGGAGGACAUCACCCACACCUACAAGUACCCGGAGGGGUCUCCGGAGGAGAGAGAAGCCUUCAAAAGGGCCAACCACCUGAACAAGCUGACUGAUAAAGUGGAGACGGGGGUGGCCAUGCGGAUCCGCGUGGCCCAGAGCAUGAGCAUGGGUAGUGACUUUGACGUCUUUGCCUACAUCACCAACAAUACGGCCGAGAGCCUCACCUGCCGCCUCCUGCUGCUCGCCCGCACCGUCAGCUACAACGGGGUCCUGGGGCCCGAGUGUGGCACCAAGGACCUGCUCAAUCUUUCCCUGGAGCCCUUCUCCGAGAAGAGCAUUCCCCUUCGAAUCCUCUAUGAGAAGUACUGUGAGUGUCUGACCGAGUCGAACCUUAUCAAGGUGCGGGGCCUCCUCAUGGAGCCGGCCGCCAACAACUACCUGCUGGCCGAGAGGGACAUCUAUCUGGAGAACCCAGAAAUCAAGAUCCGGAUCCUGGGAGAGCCCAAGCAGAACCGCAAGCUGGUGGCUGAGGCGUCCCUGCGGAACCCCCUCACCAUGCCCCUGUUAGGCUGCACCUUCACCAUGGAGGGGGCCGGCCUGACUGAGGAGCAGAAGAUCAUGGACGUCCCGGACCCCGUGGAGGCGGGGGAGGAGGUCAAGGUGAGAGUGGACCUGCGGCCAUGCCACGUGGGCCGCCAUAAGCUGGUGGUGAAUUUUGAGAGCGACAAGCUGAAGGCCGUGAAAGGCUUCAGGAACAUCAUCAUUGGUCCUGCCUGAGGGCCAUGUGCCCAGCCCCGCCUCAGCCAGCUAAGAGCCCCUAACUUGAUCCCAAUUUUGUUCCAAGCUAAUGUGCAAAUUUGCCCCUUCUUGGCACCCAGACCUCAGAGCCUGUGGGGGCUCUCUAGAAUGGAAUGUACUCCUGGCUUAUCUUGUAACCCUGAGCUUGGAUCCCUAUCUCCCUUUAACUGUGAAGAAUGUUCUGUGCUUCCCCACUGGGAGCACUGCCCUUGGCUGACUGGGUCGGGGGUGGGGGAGGAGGGACCCAUGCCUCCCUUUACAACCCAGAUGCUAUUGGAAACCACUGACCACCCACCAUAUUGUUUGAUUUACUCCAGAGCCCUUUGGAACCAGCAAACGGAGAUAGUUUGCCCAUUGACCAGAUCCCAGACAAUACACAGGCCCCAGGAGCCCUUGGGAGGACCAGAGCAGGUGCAGGUGGAGUCCCAGGAAAGGCCAGACCCGGGGUCCCCUCACAUCCCAGCAGCCCUGACCCAACCAUCCCCCCCACCACCACUGCGAGGCAUCUACGAUGUGGCCGGGCCCUUCCUGCUUGCCAGUGCUCGCACAGCUACGGACCCAUCUGAGUCACCGUGGGAAAUUGCAGAGUAGGAGCUGCUUUCUCGAGGCAGACACUGGGGCCCGGAGGAGGGAGAGGGAGCUCACUCUGCACCGGCAGGAUAUUUGCAAGGCUGGGUAGCAGGAAGGCACCGGAACACAACCCAGGACUUCUGACUCUGAGUCCAGCUCCCCGUUCCUGACACCAGCCCUGACCUGAGAAUAUUAAAGAGGCCAUUUGGGACCCGAGCAGAAAGGAUGCAGUUGGGGUGAGGUAGGGAGGAGAGGGGAGGGGUCAGAGCCCUGGGUUUGAGCUCCAAGUCCAGUCAGCCGCUGCCUUCCCGUCUCUGGGCCUAAGGUUCCUCACUGGGCAGUGGAGUGUUGACCCAAUGAGCAAGGCCCUCUCAGCUCUGCUCUUCCAAUGCCUAGAAGACCCAGCCUUGCAAAUGACAGCAAAUCCUACUCCCUGGCUCCAGAGAGCCUGAGGCCACGGGCCCACAUGCUUCUGAGUGUGAAACCCUGACCGUGACCACCUUCCUGCCCCCAGCCCUGUCUGGUUCCCCUGUCUGUGCCCAGGAACCUUCCUUCAGACCACAGUUUUGGGGAAGAGAGCUCCAGAGGCCCCUGCCCUACCCAUGAACCUGUCCACUGCAAUGCCUAGACUUCAUGAGAGACUUAGCUGCCUGCGUUGGUCAGUAACCAACAAGGUUAGCACCUCAGCCGCCCCCUUUGCACAGGGCUAGGGCCCAGGAACACAGCCCUUGCCCUGACUAAGCUCCGAGAGCCCAUGGGCUGUCAUCUCUGACUCUGUCCCACUCUCUCCACGUGUCUGGGCUGGAAGAGGGAUGAGGGAGAAUGCUCUAUCCGGGGUGGGAUCACAGCCUCCAGGGCCCCCAAAAUCUCAGAGGAGGACUUGGAGAAAGUCAUGCUGAUGUACGUAGAACUUUGCUAUUUGCACAGGGAAGGAUUACGAAAUAAGCCGACACAUAUAUGUUCUUACGAAGACUGCAGUAAUUCUCUAUGGUUCUGUAAGCAUUUCUGGAUUCCAAGCAGGCAGUAGACGCGCUUUUGAGCCACAAAGAGUAAGCACUGAAAUAAAAGCACUUGCUUUGCACAAACAA